UUAAAAAAAAAAAAACAAGAGCAGGAAAGUUUGGAAGUGGUUUCGUUUUCUAUGUGACGAUCUACAACAGCGUAGAUCUUGCCUGGAAGAACUUUUAACAGAAUUAAAGCUAAUCCGGCAGAAAUAAUGGAUCAAGAAACUCUUGAAGCUGAGAAUGAUGUGACAGAGGACCAAGAGAGCUAUGAGGAAGAAGAUGAAACUGAUGCAAAACCUGACAGGAAAGGAAGAUUUUUCCUGUUUGGCGGUAAGAAGAAGGAUGGCAAGUUUCAGAAUAAGGAGCAAUCUGCUGAAAGCCAUUACAGGAUUGUUUCACCACCAGCAUUCCAGUAUAAGAUGAGCCAUCGGCGUGUGGGCAAGUGCAUCAUCAUCAACAACAAGAAUUUUGAUGAGAGAACAGGGAUGAAUGUGCGCAAUGGAACAGAUCGGGAUGCAGGAGAGCUGCACAAGUGCUUUAAAAGCUUGGGUUUUGACGUUAAAGUCUACAAUGACCAGACCUGUAAUAAUAUGGAACGGGUCCUUAGAAAUGCCUCGGAAGAGGACCACAGUGACAGCUCCUGUUUUGCCUGCGUUUUGCUGAGCCAUGGCGAGGAGGGAAUGAUUUACGGCACGGAUGGAGCAAUGCCCAUAAAGAACGUUACCACGCUCUUCAGAGGAGACAUGUGCAAGAGCCUUGUGGGGAAACCCAAACUCUUUUUCAUCCAGGCAUGUCGGGGUUCAGAGUUUGAUGAAGGCAUACAGACAGACUCGGGGCCGUCCAAUGACACAACAGAGACUGAUGCCAACCCAAGCCAAAGAAUUCCCGUAGAGGCAGACUUCCUGUUCGCAUACUCUACUGUACCUGGAUAUUAUUCCUGGAGGAAUCCGGGCCGAGGAUCCUGGUUCGUUCAGGCCCUUUGUGAUGUUUUUAAUGAGUUCGGCAAGCAACUUGAGAUCAUGCAGAUCCUCACACGGGUCAACUACAUGGUGGCCACCAGCUUCGAGUCCUGGUCAGAAGAUCCCCGUUUCAGCGAGAAGAAACAAAUACCGUGUAUGGUCUCCAUGUUGACUAAAGAGCUCUACUUCAAUUGAUCUGAGCAGACCACAUUCACGUGCUGUGCUUCCUCAGACUUUUCUUACCAUAGACUUUUAAUUUGUUAUUUUUAAAGUAAAUACUAACCAAAAUGUAAUCCUUUGUCCGUUUCUUGAUCUGCCAUAUAGAGGAAAACCUCAGUCUGAUACUUGAGCAAUAUAUCUAUUUUUAACAUACAUUUAAGCAACAUAUCAAAGGAAUAAUCAGAAGGUGGACAUUUCUGGACGAGCAGUGAAGACACAAUGGAUGUGCCAGAACUAACCGGCGAAUGAACGACUCACUUCACUCGACCAAGCGGUCACAACAUUCAGGGAAGCUGUGUUGUUUGUGUGUGAAACCAAUGUUUACGUUGUGCUGGACAUAUGGACGCAGAAUAGCUCUUCCUCUGUGCUGCUUAAUGUUUGAGUUUAAGUGAUAUCAUUUCAUAUUUUAUAAAUGACGAUAUUGCAUACAGUAUCUGACCUUUGUCAAUUGGCAGUGUGAAAUAUCCAUGUUGCUUUGCUGAUUUUUAAAGAUUGCUGCCACUUUUACUAUAUGAGAUAUAAACAUUGAUAAUCUUAAUAAAAUACAAGUCAUUUCCAUGGCUCAAAGGCAUUGGCUCUUCGAGGUUGAAUCUUAAUUUCUUGUCCACAUUUCGAAGAUCAGCUAUUCAUUUCUGUAUGUAUAAAUACAGCUAAUUUUAAUUAAUGUCAUCUUUUUGCUUGUAUUUAUUUGACCAGUUCUUAAGGUUGGCUAUAACAUUACUUUAAUCAUAAAUGAAUGAGCCUAAAUUAUUACUGUACUACUGAGCCACAGACACAGAGAAUAAACUUUUGUUUUUCGUAUGUUU